AUGCUCUCUCUCAAUGCUACUCCACUUCACCCUUCCUCCUUUGUGUUGCUGGGGAUCCCAGGUCUAGAAUCUCUUCACCUCUGGAUUGGCUUUCCCUUUUGUGCUGUGUACAUGACUGCGCUCCUAGGGAACUUCACUAUCUUGUUGGUGAUCAAGGCUGAGAGCAGCCUGCAUCAGCCCAUGUUCUACUUCCUGGCCAUGUUGGCCACCAUUGACUUGGGACUCUCUACUGCUACCAUCCCAAAGAUGCUUGGGAUCUUCUGGAUUAAUCUCAGAGAGAUCGUCUUUAAAGACUGUCUCACUCAGAUGUUCUUCAUCCACAAAUUCACACUUAUGGAAUCCACUGUUCUCUUGGCGAUGGCUUAUGACCGCUACGUGGCCAUCUGCAACCCGCUGCGCUACAGCAUCAUUCUCACCAACAAGGUUGUUGCUGUCAUUGGUCUUGGUAUGUUAGUGAGGGGAAUGAUUGUUAUCACUCCAUUUGUAUUUCUAAUUUUGCGACUGCCCUUCUGUGGGCAUCAUGUCAUUCCCCACACCUACUGUGAGCACAUGGGUCUUGCUCGUCUGUCCUGUGCCAGUAUCAAGAUCAAUAUCAUCUAUGGCUUAUGUGCCAUGUGUAACCUUGUGUUUGACAUCAUAGUCAUUGCCCUCUCAUACAUGCAGAUACUCCGAGUUGUUUUCCGACUCCCUUCUCGGGACGCCCGACUCAAGUCCCUCAGCACAUGUGGCUCUCAUGUGUGUGUCAUCCUCGCCUUCUACACGCCGGCUCUCUUUUCCUUCAUGACGCAUCGCUUUGGCAGAAACGUGCCCCGCUACAUCCAUAUACUCCUGGCCAAUCUUUACGUUGUAGUGCCUCCAAUGCUCAACCCUAUUAUCUACGGAGUCAGAACCAAACAGAUCUAUGAUCGCGUGAAGAGAGUAUUGUUGCAGAGACAAACCAUGGAAAAAGUAUAG